AUGGAUGUGGUGGGCCCCACGAGGGCCCUUUCUCUCUCGGGCAGCCGCUACUUCUUGACAAUUGUGGACGACCACACGCGUGCGGUGUGGGUGUACCCUCUCAAGACUAAGGGGGAGGUGGCAGCGGCUGUUCUUAAGGAGUGGAUGCCGAGAGCACAAAGGGAGAGCGGACACAAGGUGAAGGUGAUCCGCACUGACAACGGAGGAGAGUUCAUCGGCGCUGAUUUUGAGAAGGAGCUGAAGCGGAAGGGGAUCCAGCAUCAGCUCACAGUGCCUUACAACCCUCAGCAGAAUGGCGUGGCUGAGCGGUUCAACCGGACCCUGCAGGAAGGUGCUCGCACUCUCCUUGGGCGUGCAGGGCUGCCGGAUCCGUUUUGGGUGACAGCACUGCGGCAGGUCGUUGUUGUGAAGAACCGGGUGCUGGCGACUGUGGGGGACAAGCAAUGGGUCCCCUACACCAAGUGGUAUGGGAGUGUGCCUGCAGUCAACAUGCUGAGAACUUAUGGCUGUAUGGUGGUGUUUCAUGUGCCUAAGGAGAAGAGGGGAAAACUAGAAGCUUCUGGGAGAUGGGGUGUGCACUUGGGGCUUGCUAAGGAUCACAAGGGCUGGCUGAUUUGGGACUUGACCAGCCAGCAGCUGACUGUGUCGAGGGAUGUGAAGUUCCUUGAGUCCUUGUACUACAAGGAGUGGAAGCAGCAGCAGCAGAAGCUUCCCACUACACCGCUGAUCAUUGAGGCUGAUGAGGUGCAGCGGCCUUCGAGGCAAGUGCAGGUCACUGUCUCAGAGGAGGAGAUUUCUGGGGUGACUGAGGAUGGGAGAGAACCUGAGGUGGAGGAGCAGCAGCAGCAGCAGCCACAGCAGCAGCAGCAAGGUGCUCCACAAGGUGCCGCGCGUCCGGCUGACCGUCCCCGGAGGGAAGUGCGCCCUCCUAACCGGCUGACCUAUCCGAGCUUUGGCAAGCCAAAGGCAUAA